GUUUUUGUCCAAUGAUGGAAGUUUGUGUGUGUGGGACCGAGUUGUUCUGUUCGCGAACAGAGAACAAGAGCUGCCGCCUGGCUUCCCCAACAAAAAGGAGCAAAGUUCCCCGUGCACUCGGUUGUCACGCCGUCCCGCGUUGAGCCGCCUCCACAGCCAUUACCACCACCGCCACCACCACCACUACCACCACAAACAUGAACAAACUGGCGUCCGACUGGUUCAGCGAGCUCAGCCCGCUCUGGCCACACCAGUGCUUCUCCAUCAAGGUCAAGAGUGUGUUACACGAGGAGCAGUCCAAGUACCAAAAUAUUGUUGUUCUUGACAGUGAGGUGUACGGACACGUGUUGACGUUGGACGGCGUGAUCCAGUGCACGGAGAGGGACGAGUUUUCUUAUCAGGAAAUGAUCUCGUUUUUACCUUUGACGAGUCACGCCGACCCGAAAAAGGUUGGUUGGUUGGUCAUGAUUGACCAUUGA